CAUUUGUGCAAAAUCUUUUUAAUUCUUUUGGCUGAAAAGUCCUAAUACAAUGCAGAGAGGAAGUCUCAUACUAUGUGACACUCACGGAAACAAUGUAAUAGUCUAGAACAUGGGAAACAGCACAGAAAUUAUUUGCUGUCUUUGAGUUGCUCUAUUACCAGCCACUCCCUGGCCCUAAACCUUAUAAUGUAUAAUGGCGACUAGUGACCUGGGAGGGCUAAUGCCCACGUGAGGGGCAGGAAAGCAACGAUGCAUUACUGAAAUGAGGAAGGAUAGAGCCUGCAACGUUCUAUCUCAUGAAACUUCUCCAUUUGUGGCUGGCGGGAAGGAGACAACAAUUGGAUUUCCUCAUUGUUACUGACACGGCACUUGGGGAAAGUCUCUGUGAUGCAACAAACUGGUGCUGGUGGGUAACGAUCCUCAGGUGAAAACGUCAGCAUUCUCUUUCCCAUCACUGCUCUACAGGGCUGCUGACUCCCGGUAGGACAGUAUGCAGAGCAUUAAGUGUGUGGUGGUGGGCGACGGAGCAGUGGGAAAGACCUGUCUACUCAUCUGCUACACAACCAAUGCCUUCCCUAAGGAAUACAUCCCCACGGUGUUUGAUAACUACAGCGCCCAGACGGCAAUUGAAGGGAGGACAGUUAGCUUGAACCUGUGGGACACUGCUGGCCAGGAAGAAUAUGACAGACUACGUACACUUUCUUACCCACAGACCAACGUCUUCAUCAUCUGCUUUUCCAUCGCCAGCCCAACCUCCUAUGAGAAUGUAAAGCACAAAUGGUACCCUGAGGUGGGUCACCAUUGUCCCAACGUGCCCAUUCUCUUGGUGGGCACCAAGAAGGAUCUUAGGAACAACGCAGAUAUCAUAAAGAAGUUGAAAGAGCAGAACCAAAUGCCCAUCACUAACCAUCAGGGUGGAAAUCUGGCCAAGCAGAUCCAUGCCGUAAAGUAUAUGGAGUGCUCGGCGCUGAGUCAAGAUGGCAUCAAGGAAGUGUUUGUGGAGGCUGUGCGAGCUGUUCUCAACCCGACCCCCGUCAAGGACAAAAAGAGCUGCUUCAUUUUGUGAGCAGAAGUUACUUUCCCUCUGCUCUCAGUGCUGAGUUCAAUGCCUCCAUGUGUCAUUCUGGCAUCUUCUAGUUCCUUCUCCUCUCUCUUGAGGUUCCACAUCUCUGAUGCUUUACCCCACUAUUUAGUUAGUAUUACUAUCAUGGCUUUGCUGUGGUGGAUCUACUGAUGGUUUAUGGUCUUCUAUCUCUCAACUGACUCUUUACUCCACCCUGAGUGACCUCAAUUACCCAAUUGCCUAAGCAACAAAAUGCAUGUCCUCUUCUGUGCAGCUACCAAAUCCGUCUCAUAAUCUGGUGAUCUACUAGGAUUAUAUUUAUAAUUGUUUUUACUCACUGAGGUCAUCGAGAAAAUGUCUCAGCUAUUGGGUUCCUCCUUCAUAUGCCAUGGCUUUGCUGUGGUGGCUCUACUGAUGGUUUGAGAUCCUCUGUCUCUUAUUUCACUCUUUACUUCAUCCUUAAUGACCUCACUCAGCCAAGUGCAUUUGCACAAGAAAAAAAAACUUCCAAUUCUCCUUUGUGCAGCUAUCAGGUUCUCCUUUGGUUGGACUCCUACAAUCUGGUGAUAUACUGGGACAUUUCUUUUAACCAUUUUACCAAAGACAUGAAGAAAAUGCCACAACUAUUGGGUUUCUUCACCACAUUAAAUCAAGUUCUAGGGCAGUCAGCCCUGUCUGUCUAGAAUUUACUGAGGUUGGAUUAAUGUCUCCCGUAUCGCUUCUAUAUCUUGGUACUGCACCCCAAAGUCAAUAUUUUGGCCUUAUCUAGUUUAUUGGGAGGAGAAUAGGGGUGGCUUCCUAUGUGUAUUAUUAAAUGGUUUUAUCUGUGGAAAAGGUGCCAUGGUGCCCAACACAUGCAAAACCCCUGUGGAUUUUAGUAAUUGUAGGGAGUUAUGGCCACUAUUUACAGACAUAACAGAUAGGAAUGGGUAAAGGGGAAGUACACCUGUGUUCAGCAUGGGCGUAAUAACUAGAGUUUAAAUUGGGAAUGUGCCUGAUCAUUGUUUUGUCGUCACCCUUACUUGUCCGCUAUAUCCAUUGGCUACUUGUGUCUUGGACUUACAGAUAAGGAGGAGUUUCUUGUACAGCAGGUUUCAUUGUGACUGGAAGUUCAAACAGCUUCCUUCUCCUCCUACAACUGCUCUAAAGAACCUUGGAAGUGGGAUUAAGUUCUUAAGUACUGCUAUUUUGCUUUACCUAAUGCAAAAUAAAACUUAAAACUCAUUUAGAAUAAUAUGCAAAAUGCCAAUGUCCACUCAAUCUUUGUUGAGCACAGGUAUGUACUGCCACUUUAAUAUUGUUUGGAUACAGAUUUUUUUUUUUAAAAAAAAACAUCAGCCUAAUUCUGGGGGUGGGGGGGUUACAGCCUCAAAAUGCCCAUGUCUGUCUCACUAUGAGCUGACUCUCUGCUGUGCACCAAAACUUGACUCCCUGAGGUGCCCAUAGCAGGUUGGGACAUAACCUGUCAGUUGGGACAAAUAUUGUUUUGAAUGUCUUGGGGGAGUAAAGUUAGAUUUUGGGAUGUCUAAUUAUUUUAUUAAAUGUUGUCCUGUUAAAGCUUCCAGUUAGAGCAGCCACUCAGGUUUACAUCACACAGGGGGUUCCUCAGGGGCGGUCCUUAUACUCAGGUCCUCCUAUAACUGUUACAAUGUGUCUGAUAUCUUAGCAAAGUCAUUGAUUCCUAUUUAAAGUGAUUCCCAACUACACUGCUAUUUUAAUUCUUGCAAACCCGUAUCAUUGCAUAUUGACGACGCCCAGGAGGAGCCGAUAAUACAAAGGAACAUGUGCAAGAAAUAAAACACCAGUGUAUGUGGGAACUCCAUCUUGAGGGCAGUGGGUCACUAUGUCAACACAUACGGUACCAGCGCAUGAGAAUGAGUGACCGGGGGGCUAACAAAUAGGGUGUCUGUUCUUUCUUUUGUGGGUCAUCACAAGAGCUCUCCAUUGAGCAAUGAACGUGACGGUCUCCGAGGAACAGUUUCUGUUAUGAUUCUCAUGUAUUCCGCUUGCCUGGCACCUCCUUAUGAGCAAGGGUGGAAAUAUGCAAAUGUGGCUGAUUAGUCAGAAGAUUAUUUAUAGCAAAUUUCUAAAUUCUAUUCUUGCCAAUGACCGGCCAAUCAGAGGAAACUCCCAGCUCUUAUUAUCAGACAUCAGCAGAUUUCCUGUUUGUUCCCGAGGGGCCCUGUGGGAUUUGCUGAUUUGUCCCACAGUGCUGAGCUACCUGUAGCCCUCCAGCUGUUGUACCUGGGGAAUCCCAGAAUUCCUUGUGGGGGUCAGUUGCCAUUCACCCAUGUAAAGGACCCAGUCAUUCUGUGUAUCACAUGCCCAGAUGUGGUCACAAGGAGCAGAUGGAGCUGAAUAUGGUUUGAUGUUAUUGGCCGAGUUUCCAAGCCAAAUAAAUGGGCCUCUGUGGUUUAUGUGGAAGGCGCUGAGUUGUGGGUGGGUCCAGAAUAUUAUUGCCUCUCAUCUACUAAAGAUCAAGUGUCCCAUUAACCCUGUAGCUGCUGGGAGCCAUGUGCUCGCUCGUGCUGUAUGGCAACUCCACUGCUCUGGCUUUUUUAUUGUGUGUUUUGAAAAUAACAGAUGUUUGUGAUGUAACUACAUGUCUGAAAUGUUUUAUAUCCGCCGGCCCUCGGGUGACCAAUAAAAUCUCUUUUAUAGGCUUCCCUUCUAGUCAUUUACUUGUAAGACCUACAGCACAAUCAAUACAUGUGCCCAACAAUAUACUUUUACUGUUCCUAUACAAGAUGGAAGGACAGGCCUGUGACUGCGAGAGUGGGAGAGAUGAGAAAGCUCAAACAAAACCAUGUAAUAAAAAAAUAUAUAUAUAUCG